CACACUUUCAAAAAAUUUCCUACUUUAAUAUUUCUUUUUUCAAAUAAAUAACGGAUGAGAUAAGGGCGAAGUUAGUAAUUUUCAAAGAUACGAGGAAAACAUAACUCCAAGCUAUCUAUCUUCGACCACAAAUGCUGUAUAAAAAAUUCAGAAGAAUUAUAAAGUGGGCACCGCCAAGCAGCCGUACUGUGUUCUUCGUACACUUCCACGUCCACCUCAAUCGUCUUCCAUGGCAGUCUCCUCCGUCCACACGUGUGCUCCAUCCGCCGCCAUUGUUGUCCUUUUAACCCAACCACCAUUAACACUGAGAUACACAACCGACACCUUCCUCUACUGCUCUGCCUCGAUUAAGAGCCAAGACGACAGAUAAUGGAAGAAGAAACCGUCACAGAUCACAAGGAAGCGGAAACAGACAACCAAAGCGAGAGAGACGCAAGAAAGGAGCAAGAGAGGGAGGAGCAUCCACUUCCAUUAAUGGCGCUCAAUCACGUCUCCAGAGUCUGCAGAAGCGUCAAGGACUCCGUCGAUUUCUACACCAAGGCCCUAGGGUUCGUCCUAAUCGAGAGGCCGCAGAGCUUCGAUUUCGAGGGGGCUUGGUUGUUCAACUACGGCGUCGGGAUUCACCUGAUGCAAUCCAAUGAGGAACAAGACGAUGGACUUCGGAACGAUCAGGAUCAGGAUCUCGAUCCCUUGGACAAUCACAUCUCGUUUCAGUGCGAAGACAUGGAGGCGAUGGAGGAGAAAUUGAAGGAAUUGGGAGUGAAAUACAUGAGGAGGACAUUGGAAGAGGAGAAGGGAGAAUCGAUCGAGCAGCUGUUCUUCAACGAUCCCGACGGAUUCAUGAUCGAGAUCUGCAAUUGCGAGAAUCUGAAGGUGGUUCCGGUGGGUUCCUCCGGCAAGAUCAGGCUUCCGACCGGCCGCCAUAACCCGCCAUUGGAAUCCAACCAACACAAAUAGAAUAGAUCCACAAAUAAUUUCAGGGGAAGAUGAAAAUUGAAACUGAAGAAAUCUAAAACAGUUCCACCUCCAAAUGCAACAAAUAUGUUGUAUUUAUAUUAUUUAUUACACCUUAGUUUAAGAUUUUAGGCUAAAUUGCUAAAUUAACCAUUGACCUAACGCUGAUUAGGCCAACUUUUGACUGUAAUGUAUUUUUGUUUCUUAAUUAAAAGGUACAUGUAGGUCUCUGUAAUUUUAUUUUAUUUUUCCAUUUUAGUCUACUGUACUUUUAAUUGUC